AUGGGUUCCCUCAUCGGACCCGCCGAUCCUCUUCCAAGCCGAGUCGCCGUCCACCAUACUACCACGCAGCCUGAUCUUCACCAGGAACUCCGAAGGUUUUGGGAGCUCGAAGAGGUGGCCGCCCAGCCGAUACUCACGCCAGAGGAGUCUCGUUGCGAGCGGCUGUUCGCUGAGACUCACACACGUGAUGCUGAGGGAAGAUACAUCGUGCGGCUCCCUCGCAAGGAGCACCCGACGACGGCUCUUGGGUCUUCUCGCCACGGGGCCUUGCGAAUGCUCCUCAGCACUGAGCGCCGUUUGACGCGCGAUCCGUCGCUCAGGGAGCGAUAUCACGACUUCCUGACGACCUACGCCUCCUGCGGGCACAUGGAACCGGCACCCCGCGGCGAGGCAAUCGGCGAACCAUACUACCUGCCGCACCAUGCGGUGGUGAAGGCGUCAGACCCGGAAGGUAAAAUCAGGGUCGUUUUCAACGCCUCCUUCCGGACCACCACGGGAGUCUCAUUGAACGACGUGGUAAUCCCGGGACCGAAGCAGCAGGCGGACCUAUGGCUGGUCUUACACGCUGGCGUCUACAUCGAUUCGCCUUCACAACGGACAUCGUGA